AUGGUCGAACACAAGGCGAUCAAGGACAAGCUGGAGCAGGGGAAAGGAAAAGGGGCGAAGGGCGCAGAGCAAGCGUACUUCGCCGACGGUGAGGGCCGCAGGGAGCGGUACUCAAGUAGGAGUCAGGGGCAAGGUCGUGGUCGUGGCGGCGGCCGUGGCCGCAGCAGCAGUCGUGGCCGCGGCGGCGGCGGUCGCGGCGGCCGCUCAGGCGGAUCCGGAGGAGUCGAGGAGAGCAAGGGAAGCAGCAGUGGAGGCGCCGAUGGCGGCGGUGGCGGGGACUAUAGGUUCCCGGGCCGGUGCUUUAGGUGUGGACAUCGUGGACAUCAAGCGAUCGGCUGCACUAUCAACGAGAAGGACUUCGUGCCGUGGUGUGCGCGCUGCGAGGGGUGGGGCCACACCAAAGAAAAGUGCGCGACGGAGGAGGCCGUCCUAGCGCAAGUGGUGGAUCAUGAGAGCGACGUGGACUCCAUGGAAGACCAGGCGUUUUGUGCCGUGGCGGUUCCCCCAGCCAACCCCACUGAUCUCAACGAGUACCACCUCGCGCACGGCCAUGCCCACGAGACAAUGCUCGGGAUCACGGCGGAGCAGCAGGGAGUGCAGCUGGCGGAUGGACCGCUGCUACCUUGUCGUGGCUGUUCGAUGUCCAAGGGACAGGUAAAACCCGUCCAGAAGAGCACGAGCACACGCGCACUGCUACCUCUCGCAGAUGACGAGGAGGGCGGGGAGGGCGAGAGCAGAGCGGAUGCAUCACGCCAAGGUUGGGGCGGGGAGAGGGACUCAGAGAGUGAGUCCGACCUCGACGUGAUGGAGGCUCGUGGGCCAGGGCAAGCGACGCCGAUUGUGCGGGAGGAGGCACCGACCGCACCCGGCAACGGGAUUCCGGGGGACGGAGGCAACGUUCCCCCGUCGCCCACUUCGAGAAGGGGCGACUUCGGCGGAGGCAGUGACAGCCCCACCGACAGCAGCAGCAGCAGCUAG